AUGACGACAGUAAAGAGCCAUCUCGACUUCACGUCGUGGAAUCGACCAGGUCCAUGCUUCCGAGACCUCAACUAUACCCCCUACGACGUCAACAUCACCAAAUCUCGUCGUCAGCAUCUAGCAGCCUAUUUGAAAUUCAUGCGCCCCGAAGUUAGCAAUAUGUUCAAUGACUAUGCAGACCGAGGCACAGAAAUGGCCUGCCAGUGGCUCCACGAAGAACGAAAAGCGCGUGCUGUUUCAACUCCAUUUUUCGAGUAUCUUGCCGACAAUUGCCUUUGGAGAUUGUGGUUCAAACCAUUUGGCGAUGAUGGUCCCAAGUGGCCUUGGGGACCUCCAAAGGCCUCUCUGAACUUGACAAAAGGGCAGAAGCCAAACCAAAUAUAUGCCAAAUAUCGUCAAGAUCGUGCAGACAAACUAGCUACCAGAGCCGCCAACGCCCUACGUAUUUCAUCAAUUGCCGAGUCCGCCCCUGAGACACCGAUCUAUCCCAACUCAGAGUACAUCGUGAGAUCACAAGCUGUGCUUACAACGUCUGGAGACGAUGAACCAGAACCAGACCUCGAGCUGAACAAGCGACAGGCUGCUUGGGAUGAACUCGACUUCCGACACAUUCCUGGUGUCGUAGGUCCGUUCGAAAUCGACAUACCAUCGAUGGCUCCCAUGGAGACACUUGUCGCUAGAGAUCUGGUGGCAGUUAAUGAAUUGACUGAGGGACAUGCUAUCAUCAAGGCAAACAUGACUCAACGAAGAGUGAUCGUUUCGUUCCCUGACAAGGUUGAAGAAUAUGGCGAAGAUGGCUAG